AUUUUGACGCGCGCUCACAGUCCUGUUUAGUUUUGUGGUUCUUUUCUGUUGUGAGGAUGGCUCGAACGAAGCAAACGGCCCGCAAGUCCACUGGCGGGAAGGCGCCCCGCAAGCAGCUGGCCACCAAAGCCGCCCGCAAGAGCGCCCCGGCCACGGGGGGCGUGAAGAAGCCGCACCGCUACCGGCCGGGCACGGUGGCUCUGCGGGAAAUCCGGCGCUACCAGAAGUCGACGGAGCUGCUGAUCCGCAAGCUGCCCUUCCAGCGGCUGGUGCGCGAGAUCGCGCAGGACUUCAAGACCGACUUGCGCUUCCAGAGCUCCGCCGUGAUGGCGCUGCAGGAGGCGAGCGAAGCCUACCUGGUGGGGCUGUUCGAGGACACCAACCUGUGCGCCAUUCACGCCAAGAGGGUGACCAUCAUGCCCAAGGACAUCCAGCUGGCCCGCCGCAUCCGCGGGGAGAGAGCUUAAGCGCCCUGCAGCGCCAGAAACACCGCCCCCCCCCCCCCAAGACCCUAAAGGCUCUUUUAAGAGCCACU